AUGCCUUCACGUUGGCGAAAAUGCAGCAAGCCCCUCUACAUGGUGGCUUGCCUUCUGUUGCUGUCCGUUGUUGUUCAGGCAGGCCCUCUCAAAUGGACAGACCGACCUUCUUUCUCACCGAAAUCGAGCGAGCGAGAUACCAAGGCUCGCAUAAACAAUAUUGAAAAACGCAUACCGGCCUUUCUCAGACCGCGCAAACCUCAUCUGGCUGCUCGUUAUGGAGACACCAUCACGGCUGUAACAACACCGGGCAGCGAUGUGAGCCAGGCUAUACCCACAUCCUCAACCACCAGCUGUCCUCCUGAUCAGCUCUGUUAUAUCUAUCCGAUCGAAGAUACCACGACAGCUUCCGUGGAGACUAAGCUCCCGCCCGGUUCGACAAUUAAUACAUCUCUGCCGGCCCAGACUACUGCGAUCGAGUCUGAUACGACUUCUGCGCCGAGCAAUACCUUGCCGGCCACAAGCGCUAUCCCAUCAGAACCAAGUGCCACAAGUGUACUGACCGAGUCAAGCUCCUCCACGCACAUUAGCACUUUUACUAGGGAGACAUCAGUAUUUACCACCUCUUCAACACUGGCUCCCACGAGCACCGCGGUUGGAGGUGCGCCCAGUUCCUUGACAAGCGUCUCUUCGCCGGGUCCUGUGAUAUCUGUGUCAUCUUCUAGCGAGGCUCCUAUUGGAAGCAGCUCAGCCUAUUCUAGUAGUCUCCAGCCUACCGAAGAGACACUCUGGCCAACACCUAGUGCUAGCUCUUCUGCUCCCCCCCAGAGCUCUCCUGCAUACACAUCUACUUCUGCGUACGAGAGCUCCAGCACCAAGGUUGGACCGUCCAGCCCGGGAGGAUCUUUUACAACUAUUAUCGCACCCUCGUCAGCUCCUGGGGUGCCAACCAGCGUCGCUCCCACAUCCGCACCACAAAGCUCGGCAUCUUCAGUGACUAGCCUGACAAGGAGUUCCUCAAGUACCACAAGGAACACUGCUGCUCCGGAGCCAUCCUUUGUCACCAUCUCUUUCCCCUCUGGAACCGAGAGUGCCAUUGGAGGUACUUCCACCUCAGUUGUACAGACUCCUUCCAGCGCACAGGUCGAGAGCUCUACAUCGCGAGCCUCAGCUUCCAGAUCAUCAACCGCUGCCAUUAUCCCCUCCUCCGCUCUUACUGGGCCUACCAGUAGAGCAAGCUCCAGCCUGGCCCAGCCAACUGACAAGACGCUCUCAUCCAGCACGGGCGCGGCAACUUCUGCAUCAUCUUCGGUAAUUGUGACGUCCAAGUCUUCUACAUCGUCGAGUUUGGCACCUACAAGUGUCCCUGCCGUGACGACAAGCCAGGCGUCCCAGAGCUUCAUCACCGCAACCCCGACAGGUACCUCGGCGGUCCCCAGCGGCACUUAUGACAAGAACCUGGCCUACGCGAAGCAGAAGAACGAGGAGUUCACCACCCUCACCCCCUCGUCAACCUGUUCCACUGCCGGCGAGCCCGCAUGUAUCAAUGGAGCUUACGCGCAGUGUUCCUCUGGCGGUACCUACCAACUGUCAGAGUGCUCAGCUGGUAUGAGCUGCUACGCCGUUCCAUGGGAGUACGCGGAUGUGAUCAAGAUUGGAUGUUGGGACGAUAAGGAUGCAGAGAGAAUCCUGGGAGGAGCUGCUGGCACUGCGACUGGCACUGCGACUGGCACUUCGACUGGUACUGCAACAGCUACUUCGAUCGCAACCAAUAGCGAGGACCCUGUUACCUGGAAGACUACCAUCAAGUCAACAGUCGUUAUCACCAGGACGGCGGAGCCUACGACAACCUCUGCUGUGCCUUCGACCUCAUCUGCGACCUCGACUUCGACAGUCCAGCAGCAGCCGUCUUCAUCAUCCAGGUCGACCACCCACUCGCAGUCACAGCCCUCCUCCGCGCCCACAACUCUCUUACCUUCCGUGACCAACAUCAUCUCCUCCUCAUCCUCCUCGUCCGUCCCUCACGUUACAACCACCGUGAACUCAAUUCCAACCGCCCAACCAGGCAAUCCCACCACGAGCAAGCCCCCGGGCGACACAACAUUCACCCAGACAAUCAACCCUCCCCCGACCACCUCGCGACCAGCGGAACCCUCCUCAUCCUCAUCCUCAUCCUCAACCACCUCAAGGUGGACCAACAUCAUCCCCAUAGAGGACACAACCACCGUCCCCUCCAGCUCGCAGGCGCCCCAAACCCUAGUCGCCAGCCAAUCCACCGCACCAGCGGCAUCCGCCACGAGCGUCGUCCACGAGGCCGACCUCCGCACAACCCAGACAGUCGACGGCAUCCCCACCGUGUCCCUCUACUUCACCGUCACCGUCACGGAGAAGGUCCACGAGACGGUGACCGCAACCCUCAUCCUCCCUGGUUAG